AUGUCUUCUGAAUCCUACAAGUACUACAAAGUCGGGGUUCUUCUAUUUCCCGGCGCAGACAUCCUCGACUUUGCAGGCCCAAUCGAAGUUUUAUCCCAUGUCUCGCACAACCGAAACCCAGAAAACCCCGAUAGAAUGUUCGAUAUCAAAACUGUCGCUUGCAGCCCUGCGAUUCGUGCUGCAAGCUCACUUACAGUCCACGCAGACCUGCUUUUACCAGACGCGGUCGAUCAGAUUUCGGAUUUUGAUAUCCUGGUCAUCCCAGGUGGCCCGCCACCAAUUUUACAGCCAUUAAUUGAAACCAACGCACCGGAGCUUGAUUUGAUUCGCAAGUUUGCAGCCCUACCUGCAAAUAAAUUAGGCCCCAGAAUCUUGCUGUCAGUUUGUACUGGCGCCUUUCUGCUCGGCGCUGCAGGUGUACUCGGCGGAAUGACUGUGACGACCCACCACCAUGGUGUCGACAGACUUCGGGAUAUCUGUUCUCACUACAAUCAUCCAAAUGAGCCUGCUACAACUGUAUUGCAUAGGCGGUAUCUUGAUGGAGGAUUGUUGAAAGGAGGCGGUGUUCGCCUCCUUACGGCGGGAGGAGUAAGCUCAAGCUUAGACGCCACAUGCUACCUUGUUAGUCAAUUGACAACACAUGACAUGGCGAGAUUCAUCACUCGACUUAUGGAGUAUGACUGGCGUGAGCUGAAAGAGUGA